GUAAUUGACCUGGACAUCUUUACAAGUUAAAAAACAGCAGUUAGCCUGGUGACUGCUGUUGCACCCCUGCAGUGCCAAAGUGUGCAUUAUACAAUGCCAAACUACACCAUCCCCAUUUCUGAUCAGUCUUGUAUCUGAGAUAUUAUUAUGAGAUAUUAUUAAUGUUACUAUUAGACCUCAAACUGAUUGCUUUUAACAGAUUGCUUUUUUUUUUUUUAACUAAAGGAAUAUGUUGAUGUAGACUCACUCCGUAUGAAUCCUUUAUCACUCCAUACAUCAUGUCUUUUGUUGGCAGGUGGUUGAGGGCAGAACAGGUGUUUCUGUGAGGGACCCAUCAGUGUGAGAGCGUUCAGUGAUUAAGGCUUAAUAGAAAUUAAAGGGCAGGCACAAGCUGACAGCACUGAAGCAGAUAUGUGGGGUCUUAAAGAAGCAACUCUUUACAGAGUUUGGUGGAUUUUUGUGCAUGCUGUCAUCUGUUGCGUAACCCUGUGUACAAAUGGAUCUCUCUAAAAAAACUCUCCAAAAAAAAAAAAGAAAAAGCUGUCACUGGGAUGAUACCAUUUCAAAAGGUACCCCUUAGUAUUAACCCCCAAAGGGUGCAUUUUAGUAGCUUAAAGGUACAGUAGCCUACAUAUUUGUACCUAAAUGGUAGCCUACAUAUUAGUACAAAUUACUUUCGCAUUUAAGAUGAUUCUGUUUAAAACCAACAUUUAAAACAACUGCUAAAUAAUUGUGGAAUUGGACUUUCGACUCAAAAUGUCAUAUUUACUGAAACUACCCUCUCAUCUCACCUAUAGCUACUAUUACAGAAAUUAGACUUUUUGACGUUUUAAUCUGUAUGAUGCCUUUUGCGAUAAUGUCAGGUAUUAUAAUGUAAGGCUUAAGAGCUAACCUUUGUUUUUCUGCGCAGAGGAGUUGUUGUGCGCUCUUGCGCAUUUAACGCGCUUGGUGUUGGAGAUCCCCAGCGCCUGCCUGUGCGCGUCGGCGCAGUUGCGCAUGCGCGGGGAGCUCCCCGUGCCCACCGACUUGUAGCUUUGAGCCCAGAGUGCGCGGGUGGCACGCAGAAGCUCCCUGCAGCCAGAGCGCGACGUUACCAUGAGCCUCCCCGUUCCGCCGGCAGAGACUCCACGCGCAGAGAGUGCCCACCUGACGAGAGCAGCGCGACACACACAGCCGCACGAUGCCCGGCGGAAAGAGAGGGCUGGUGGCACCGCAAAACACUUUCCUGGAGAAUAUCGUCCGGCGCUCGAGUGAGACAAGUUUCUUGCUGGGGAACGCUCAGAUUGUGGACUGGCCUGUAGUUUAUAGUAAUGACGGCUUCUGCAAGCUGUCUGGAUACCACAGAGCAGAGGUCAUGCAGAAAAGCAGCACAUGCAGUUUUAUGUAUGGGGAGCUGACAGACAAGAAGACCAUAGAAAAGGUGAGACAGGCCUUUGACAACUAUGAGUCCAACUGCUUUGAAGUGCUGCUGUACAGAAAGAACAGAACUCCAGUGUGGUUCUACAUGCAGAUUGCACCGAUCCGAAAUGAAAAUGACAAAGUGGUUUUGUUCCUGUGUACAUUUAAGGACAUCACUGUCUUUAAACAGCCUAUUGAAGAUGAAAGCACCAGGGGUUGGACCAAGUUUGCACGUUUGACUCGAGCGUUGACGAACAGCAAAAGCACCAUUCAGCAGCUCACGCCCAUGAGCAGAACCGACAUCACUUCACACAAACACUCCAGACUCGCAGAGGUGCUUCAGCUCGGCUCUGACAUUCUUCCGCAGUAUAAGCAGGAAGCCCCUAAGACCCCGCCUCACAUCAUCUUACACUACUGCACCUUUAAGACCACCUGGGACUGGGUCAUCCUCAUCCUGACCUUCUACACCGCCAUCAUGGUUCCUUACAACGUGUCCUUCAAGACCAAACAGAAUAACGUCACUUGGCUGGUUCUGGACAGCGUUGUGGACGUCAUAUUCCUUGUGGACAUCGUGCUCAAUUUCCACACCACGUUUGUCGGGCCUGGAGGGGAGGUGAUCUCCGAUCCGAAGCUGAUCAGGAUGAACUACCUGAAGACCUGGUUCGUAAUAGACCUGCUGUCCUGUCUGCCCUAUGACAUUAUCAACGCUUUCGAAAACGUGGAUGAGGGCAUCAGCAGCUUGUUCAGUUCUCUGAAGGUGGUUCGACUGCUUCGAUUGGGCCGUGUUGCACGUAAACUGGAUCACUAUCUGGAGUACGGUGCAGCUGUACUCGUGUUACUGGUCUGUGUGUUUGGAUUGGUGGCCCACUGGCUUGCCUGCAUAUGGUACAGCAUUGGAGAUUACGAGGUCAUUGACGAACAAACAAACACCAUCAAGACUGACAGCUGGCUCUACCAAUUAGCCUCCAGCAUUGGAUCCCCAUAUCGGUACAAUGCCAGUGGGACUGGCCAAUGGGAGGGUGGCCCUGGGAAAGACUCUCUGUAUAUAACUUCACUGUAUUUCACCAUGACCAGCCUGACCACUAUUGGCUUCGGAAACAUCGCGCCAACUACAGACGGAGAGAAGAUCUUCUCUGUGGCCAUGAUGAUGGUCGGAUCUCUCCUUUAUGCCACUAUCUUCGGUAAUGUGACGACCAUUUUCCAGCAGAUGUAUGCAAACACCAACCGUUACCACGAAAUGCUGAAUAACGUGCGGGAUUUCCUCAAGCUCUACCAGGUGCCCAAAGGCCUCAGUGAGAGAGUGAUGGACUACAUCGUCUCCACGUGGUCCAUGUCCAAAGGCAUCGACACAGAGAAGGUGCUCUCCAUCUGCCCCAAGGACAUGCGGGCAGACAUCUGCGUGCACCUGAACAGGAAGGUGUUCAACGAGCACCCAGCGUUCCGAUUGGCCAGUGACGGAUGCUUGCGCUCAUUGGCCGUGGAGUUCCAGAUGAUACACUCUGCCCCCGGUGACCUCAUCUUCCAUGCGGGUGAAAGCGUGGACCUGCUCUGCUUCAUGGUGUCAGGGUCACUGGAGGUCAUCCAGGAUGACGAGGUCAUCGCUAUACUGGGUAAAGGGGACGUGUUUGGUGAUGUGUUUUGGAAAGAGACAACUUUGGCCCACUCAUGCGCUAACGUUCGGGCGUUAACAUACUGUGAUCUUCACAUCAUAAAGAGAGAAGCCUUGCUGAAAGUGUUGGACUUCUACACAGCGUUUGCCAACUCCUUCUCCCGAAACCUCAUUCUCACCUGCAACCUACGCAAGAGGUUUAUAUUUCGUAAAAUCAUCGAUGUGAAGAAGGAGGAAGAAGAGAGGCAGCGUGCAAAGAAUGAGGUUCCACUCACCAUUCCUGUGGACCACCCGGUCCGAAAACUUUUCCAGAAGUUUAAACAGCAGAAAGAGCUCCGUAACCAGGGUGCUUCGGCCCAGCUGGACCUAGCAAAGAAUCAGCAGCAUCUACAGCAGCCCAUACGCAUGACGAAACCUCACGCCUCCCUCAUGCAGAACUCGCUGCAUGCGGUUCAGAACGGGUCCACCAGCAGCGUGGUCACCAUCUCCCAAAUCACACCCAUCCAGAACUGCCUGGCCUACCCUAAAGUGGGCGACUCAGUCAAGCAGAACAACCGCGACAUCAUGGAACUCAAACCUGCCGUGGUCACCGGUGACCAAGUUGCAAAUCGACUCAAAGUGAAUAACACGGCACGGACUAAACCCGCAGGAACUGCCCGUGGCUGGAUGAGAUUGAAAAACAACAUGGCUGCCCCUGGUUCACCUCCAGAGGAUGAGAGGAAGGAGGGAUUGAACAAUGCAGCUAAAGCCGUGUCCAUGGAGCACAUUUCACCAGAAGUCAAAGUUCGGAUAGAAAGUGUUGAGGAGGUUGGAACGUCCAGGAAGAAUUCGCUCCGCAAAACGGACUCUUGGGAUAGUGGCUUGACAUACAGCGACCAGAGAUUGGAUAGGGUUUCAGAACCACAGAGCCCUGUUCCUGGAGUUGGUGGAGGAGAAGGACCAGCCCAGGAUUUUUACUCCAGUAGUGAGAGCUCAUUCCAGGCCUCUCUGCAGGAGGCAAGGCUGGAGCUGCGGACAGAGAUCCAAGCUCUGAACGGAAGGAUGGCGGCUUUAGAAGAACGGGUUGGACAGAUUCUCAGACUGCUUUUAGAGACUUCAAAGCCCAUGCCUAGUGAAGAACCAACCCCAAAAAUGCACAGACUCGAAGCACAAGGCAGCAUCCCAGUGUCCACACUCAGUACGCCAGACUCUGAAAAGGAUGAGGGUUUGCCAUAGGACAACAGACUUUGCAUUCAAUAAGCAUUUGAGAUGAAGUAUUUGUAGCAUCACUGGGGCUUUGGUGCAUCCAAAUUUGGCACCUGUAUCUGCAGCUUAUACAGGAACGAAAAUAGGAGCUUGGGUUGGUUUCUAGCUUCUGAUUUCUGAGGAUAAAGCUGACAACUGAACAUCUGUAUGGGAACAGGAGUUGGUUUCUGGAUCUAAAUAACUGCCAGGAACUCUAACCCCAUCAGAGUACAGUGGCAUGUACUGAGAAAUACAAAAAUAAGAGGAUUUUUAGUUUUAGUGCUUUUUAAUGUUCAAUCAGCACUUUUUGCACACUGAAGCAAUGCAGGAACUUUUUUUUUCUCCCUUUUUCAGCGUGAGUUUGUAUAUAUAAUGCAUGUCCAGCUGGGUUCUGGCUUGCCAAAAAUGUACAACCCUGAUGACGUCUGUACAAUUGAAAUGAUAUUUAAAUGCUUGUAUAUUAUGCAGUUAACUGCAUGCAGAUCUAUUUAUUCUCACAGAAUGCUUAUUUUCAAUGUGUAAAUGAAAGAGACUGUUGAUUGUCUUGAUAUCACCAUAAUGUACAUUCAGGUUUUUAACAAAAUGUAGCAUGACAGAUCACUGAGGAAGAAUGUGUUGUGUUUGAAACAUUUACGUAUCCAUGAAUGACUUUCAUAGGCACUCAUAAACUUUGCCUUAAAGGAUCUAAACAUCAGUCUUAAGAUAAAGCUGAAGAAGAAAAACCUGCACUGGUUAUCAAUGUUGGACAGGUCUGUUUUUGUCUGUCUUUCUAUACAUUUUAACUUACAUGUUUCAGGUUUCAUUUCUUGUUUUGUUUUUUUAAUUAAUUUAUUUUUUUGGGACAAGGAUUUUGGAGCGUGUAGGAUUUUAUGCCCUUCAUUUAUGUUCCACUCAAUGUUAUUGGGUUGUUUUAUUUUAUAUAGCAUCAGUAGCAGCUUUUGGGCCUGAAAUGCAGCUUCACCACUGUAAAUCAAUGCAACCUUUAAUAAAAAAUGGUAAAUAAAAAAUUAUAAUUGUAAGAGUAAACUGCAACGUUUUGUUCUCAUAUGCAAGAUAACAUUAUAAAUGAUAUUUUUAGCUCUCAAAACAAAGUCCCUUUAUAUGAGGACUGGAAGGCACAUGACCGAAACACAUCUGGGAUACUUAACCUGAUCUUCUCUUCAGCAAAACAAGAUCACUCUGCAGAUCAGGACACCACAAUGACAGUAAAAACCAAAUCUGAAAAGGUUCUUAAGGAUUGUAUACUUUUCAAGGUAUUUUUGUGUAUAUUUCUUCUGAGGGUCACUUAAAAAGCUACUAUGUACAGUGUACACACACAUAUAUUUUGGGGCCUGUAAAUUUAAUUUUUUAA